AUGCAAGGACAUAAGGAGGAGGAGCAUGCUUUGCACAUCACCAAUUCGGAGAAAAGUGGAGGAAGAGAUGAGCACAGAGUUGAAGGGAGAGGAAGAGCUCGUGGAGGUCUCAAAGGAAGAGGUCGAGGCAGGGGUAGGCACUCUUUCAACAAAGCCUUGGUCCAGUGCUACUAUUGCCAGAAACUAGGGCAUUUUCAAUAUGAAUGCCCUAGUGGGGAGAAAGGUGCGAAUUAUGCAAAAUUAGAUGAGGAAGAAUAG